UGUAGACUUGCGACUCGCUAGGAACUAUAUAUGCUCGUAGAGCCUCCCCCCAAGAAGUUUGCCUUAGGUUAUCACUAACUCGUGACAUCUCAUUCACUUUUGAAGUCUAUCUCUUCUGUCACUCGCUACCUACAUUCGUUGCUCCAAUCCAAACAUGCAGUUCUCAACCAACAUCACCAGCCUAUUCGCCAUGGCUCUAUUCGUCUCUUCUAGCAUGGCCGAUCGACAUAGUAGCUGCACAUGCCACAACGGCGACUCCUACAACUGGAGAAUAACAACCUUGGCCUGUACCAAGUACGCUGAAGCAGCCUUCGGCAACGGCAACGUUGCCUAUGAAACCCCUUCUGGGCGAUGCACCCAAGUGACACCAGAUGAUAACAUUAUGGGUGAUCAGUGGGAAGAAGCCUGUAGGGCUGUCGCGCAAUCGGGCUUCCAGUGUGCAGAUGGCAGCGAUAACAAAUGCUACGCCAACACCCAGGCGGUUAGGGGUUCGUGCUAACCGCAGUUAUGAGCCACGAGAGAAAGCCUCUGUAGCAAUAGAUCCUCACAAAGACCCCUAUAUGUUGCUUAAGUCAAUACUAUGUCACGUCUCACAUAAGAAGAGGGCAGCUGUAGGGUAUAUGGGUUUAGGAGAUCUGGUUCCUUCUCUAAAUCUCUAAAUCAUAUAAACUUCAUAAUAUAGUAAUCACCUACGUUAGCUUCUUGUAGUUUGAUAUAGCACCUCUAUACUUUUUAGGGGGCUUAGCUUACAUGACUUAGAUUUAUAGCGCAUAGAUUACAGGAGCAAGGCACCU